UGGACUUCACACACAGAUGAAGUCGAGGAAAGCAGAUGGGUCCAGAUUGUCCACGCGGAGUCAUUUUCAGGACAAACAACCUCUCAGUACGGGCUCAGAGGACGACGCUGCGCAAGUGAAGCCGGCGGGGCAGGAUUGGCAAGUGGAGCGCCAAGGACAAGCCUCAACCUUGGAAUGGAAAUGUUAUUAUCAUUCUGGGUCCAAGUCCAAUUCUCCAGAAGGUUCAGCAGCAACUCUCACUCUGCAAGAGGCUCUGGAGCUCUUCAGGCCAGACUUCAUCAGUCGAUCCCAGGGUCGGCUGAGAAGGAUGGAGUGGAGGGCGAGGAAGAGACGAGCCCUGCAGACUUCAACGGUGGAACUGAUGCAAGUCCUGAAGGAGGAACCGGGCAAGCUGAAGAAGUGCACCACACCGGACCCACUCAGUGAUAACCUUUUCAAGCCCAGAGAGAGGUCUAUUUCAGGCCGAGAGAUGCAGCUCCGGUCCCGUCGGAUUUAUAACCUGCUCCCAGAGGUGACUAAGAAGAAGCAGGAAGAGAGAAAUAAGGCGGUGGCACAAACGAACCGAUUGCGAGCUGAAGUCUAUAAAAAGAAACUCUUGGACCAAAUCCUGCAAAGAUGAAAAAAAAAAAUCUGUGUCCUCAUUACUCUCUCUCUAGCUCUUGUUUUUAAUGAGUGUAGGAUUUUAAUUGAGUUCACAUUUCAUGUGUCCCUCGAAAGGCAUGUUUGGGAUUGAUCAUGAGCAAGACACACCCGUCACCCACCGCUCAGAUACUGCGUUUGAUGUUGCUUUUAAGAAGAAAUCUGGCCUGUAUUGCAAUGUCACUUGUCAUGAUCAAGACCUGGAGGCAGAUCAUCAUGUUUCUACCUGUGUAUUACAAGUCGAGAUGAAAACUGAUCACUGUGUAACGGUGUAAUAAUAAUCUAAUGCAGAGAUUAAAAAUCAUCAAAUAUAGUUUUUCCUUAUGUUUAAUGCAGGUGUUGCUGCUCUAACAUAUGGCCCCAAAAAUACUUGAGAAAAUAGGUGCAAAAUACACGAUCAACUCAUGUCUUAAACUGAUGAGAAUUCACCUCUUACUGUGGUAUUUCAUUUGGGAAUGGGCUUUUAAUCAUUGGACAGUUUCCGUUAUUAAAAAGGGACUUGUAAUGAAAUGCCCUCAAUGUUUUAGUGGUUUCCAUCAGCAUCACAUUAAGACCUUCUGAUUCAUUGUGCUUCUGUUCUGUUCUUCCUCUGCUGAGUGCCUGACUGAAUGGAGUCAUUUCACAUUUCAGGCUAAAAUAAAACAUCUCAAGGACACGGUGUUGAACUCCCGUCUUCUUGGAAAAUGUGAUUGCCUUUUCUUGUCAAAGCACUUUAAGGAGCAGGGCAGUACAGUCAAUAUUUUUAAAAAUCCAGUAGAAAAGCUGGCCUCAUGUCUGCCGCGUGGCCUCUGGAUCCUCCCAUCCGGAACAGUGAAAUUCCAAGCUAAUCGAACUCAGGAGACACGAAGCACCAGUGAAAGGAGCUUUUGUCACAAGGACUCAAGCUUGAGAUGACAUUGUAACAAGAGGAGAGUUGUGGCAGAUUCGUACAUAUACUGACGCAGCAUAUGAAUUCAUAACAAAGCUGUGUUGGUGGACCUGGUUAGAAGCAUCAGGUGACACUUUCUCCUCCAAACUUUGGCUCACCUACAGUAUAGACCUUCAAAUGAACUGGCCUCGUCCUCAACACGUUGAAGGACUUUUCUCUGACUCAGAGACAUGCUUCAUUAAAGCAGUUGCCAGUCUGGCCAAGAGCCACCCACUCAUGCGUCACACCAGCUCACACAUAAACCUAACCCUUAUAAACUCCUUG